UCGCCCCAAAACCCAGCCCCUCUUUCACUCUCCCUUUCCAAUCAAACUGUUACACGCAUACACCAGUACAACUCCUCAGCGGCACCAACGGCAACACCUACAACAAACUUAUUUCUCUUUCUCUUUCUAUCUGUCUAUCUAUCUAUCUAUCUAUUACUCAUUCAACGUUUUUCUCCGCCAGAUCUCUCGUAGUAACUUCAUAAGAUGCGUGUUUUUUAAGUCUUCUUAUUUACCAUUAAUAUUUGUUUUAUUUUUGUGAUUUUUCCUUUUAUACCCAAAAAGCAAUCUUCAUUCAACAUUCCCCAUAUCUCGAUUCUUUCCUUUGAUUUGCCGGGUGGGUUUUCUUUGUUGCUUAUUUUUUAUUAUAUACAAUAAAUAAGACCAUUCUUCACAGAGUGGAGAGAGAUUGGGUUUGUGCGUGAAAAAAUGGCUAAUGGAGUGGAGAAAGAGAGUGGGUUGAUGAUGUUUAGCGAUGAGGAGUUGAGAGAGGUAAGUGGCGUUAAGAGAGGUGGAGAUUAUAUCGAAGUUAUUUGUGGGUGUACAAGCCAUAGAUAUGGAGAUGCUGUUGGCAAACUUAGGGUUUUCUCUAAUGGUGACCUAGAAAUCACCUGUGAAUGCACCCCAGGUUGCAAUGAAGACAAGUUAACUCCAGCUGCAUUUGAGAAGCAUUCUGGAAGAGAGACAGCUAGGAAAUGGAAGAACAAUGUUUGGGUCAUAGUUAACGGGGAGAAGGUUUCAUUGUCAAAGACAGUCUUGCUCAAAUAUUACAACCAAGCAUCAAAAAAUGGAAAUGGAUCCCACAGAUCCCAAACCGGACGAAUUUGUCAUCGUGAUGAAUUUGUUCGUUGUACUAAGUGUAACAAGGAGCGUAGGUUUCGGUUGCGGACCAAAGAGGAAUGUCUGAUUCACCAUAAUGCUUUAGCAGAUAAGAACUGGCAGUGUGCUGAUCUGCCCUAUGACAAGAUAAGUUGUGAAGAUGAAGAAGAACGAGCAAGUCGCAGAGUGUACAGGGGAUGUCCUCGUUCUCCAACUUGCAAGGGUUGCACUUCCUGUGUUUGCUUUGGUUGUGAUUUAUGUCGUUUCUCUGACUGCACCUGCCAGACUUGCAUUGACUUUACAAGGAACGCUAGAACUUGAAUUAUAUCUGGAGAAAUCCCCUUUAAGGUUGGUGGGUGGGUUAUUUAUUUAUGACCAUUGUUGUUUCAUAAAAGCUCCUCCCCACAUUUUAAAAGAAGCCUUCGGUUGUUCCCUUUCCUAUGUUGUACUUAAAUUUUCCAGUCUCUGGGUUCAGUAUUCAUUGUUCUCACUGACUGCUUCAAGAACUUUAAUCAAGUGAUUUAUUAUCUCCA